AUGUGUUAUCCUUGGACAGUGGAAUCAGCGUCAGAACUGGGUAUUCCAAAAAUCUUCUUUUAUAGCUCAAGCUACUUGUCCGACUGUGCUACUCAUUCUAUCUUGAGGCACAGACCUAAUGAGAGGUUAGUCUCUGAUACCGACAAGUUUACGAUUCCUGGAUUUCCUCAUAGAAUAGAGAUGACCCGUCUGCAGCUACCAGACUGGGAAAGGAUUAGGAAUGAAAUGUCAGGCUACUUUGUGCCAAUGUUUGAAUCAGAGAGCAGAAGCUAUGGGGCACUCUAUAAUAGUUUUGAUGAACUUGAAAGUGAGUAUAAGCAAGUUCAUAAGAGUAUAGUGGGGAUUAAAUCUUGGAGUAUUGGACCAGUGUCAGCCUGGGUUAACAAGGAUGACGGACCAAAGGUCAAUAGGGGACAGAAGGAGGACCUUACAGAAGAGCCAGAGUGCCUAACCUGGCUUAACACUAAGCGAGAUGAGUCUGUACUUUAUGUAAGCUUUGGAAGCCUCACUAGGCUCUCUCAUGAUCAACUUGUUGAACUGGCUCAUGGGCUUGAACAUUGUGGUCAUAAUUUCAUCUGGGUCAUCAGGAAAAAAGGAAGGAAGCGAGAAUGA